AUGAUUUGGACAAGUUCGUCAGUAGCACUGAGGAUUUCAGCUAGUGUUGCAUCACGGUUAGGAGGUAUCGUGUUUAUCGAAGAUUGGAUAGACGGGGAAGUAAAAAAAGCGAGUAGAUCCCGAUCUUGGUGUGAAGACGGUAAAUUUGAUAAAGUCGACGGUAGGAUACUUCUGGGUAGCUUUCAUUUGUGGAGCUAUUCGGUAUCGUGGCAGAUAAAUCAGGGUCAGGGCAGAAGGACAGUUGGGUUUGAAUGUUUUGGAAGCCAAUAUCUCCAAUCUGAAGAGUGUCUGUUAUGUUUUGCUGGUUAUUCGAGAUACCGGUAG